AUGGAGUCCGCCUCGGCGCAAUCCGCCGCCGCCAAAAUUCCAAUCCCCACCCCCUCUCCUCCGAUAGCGCAGUCUGACUCCGACCAGCCCCCGAAGGCGAUGGCGACGGCGGAGGUGGAGGCAGCAAUCGCCGCGCUCCCGGCCAGGAAGGAGGCCUUGCGCGAGGCCUUCGACCGCCUCGCCGCCUGCUCGCCCUUCCCGCUCCCCUUCACCUGGGGCGAGCUCGACGUUCACAUCUCCUCCCUCCAGUCCUCCAUCUCGCUCCGCCACCGCCAGCUACGGGUCCUCGAGGGGGCCCGCUCCGCCCUCGCCGUUCCCGCACCACUCCCAACCGGCAAGCGCAAAAAUCAAGGAGACGAAGACACCACCAGCGAGGAGGAGGAGGUGGAGGAAGAGGAGUACGAGGAAGUGAUGGAGGAGGUGGAAGAAGAAGUGGAGGUGGAGGUGGAGGAGGAGGUGGAAGAAGAAGUGGAGGUGGAGGAGGAGGAUGCUGAUGAUGAGGAGGUGGUUGUGGAAGAGGAGGAGGAGGAGGAGGUCGUGGAGAUUGAAGAAGAUGAGGUAGAUGCCAACAAUGCGGCAGGCAAGCCGCAGAAGGACGGCGAGCAGAUGCUGGAAGCUGAAGAAGAGAAGGUGAAUGAGCAUAAGGUUUUGGAGGCCAGUGAUGAGGCCGAGAGGGACUGCAAGGUAGAGAAGGAUGAAGAGGAACCGCAGGUGUCUGACGAUGAGAUGGGGGAUGCCAAAGACGAGCAGCAGGAAGCCAAGAAGGUUUCUGUGAAAAAAGUGUGUAAUAAGGAUCUUGUAGCGGCAUGCUCUAGAAUGAACGUCGCAGGACUGGUGAAUAUCGUGUUUAACAACAACAUCGACCGUCAAGAGUACCCUGUGGCCAUGUGCAAUGCCAAAGAUGCCGCUGCUCUUGUCCUUGAUGUGGUUAGGAUCUUUCUGCCCAAAAAACAGACCAAGACCAACAGGAUCUGGGAGAACUGUGUUGCGCUGAUCCGCUGUGUGCCUGCUGUGGCACCCAAGCUUUCUGUGCGCAUGAUAGAUCAGGCCAAGCUGUUUGCCAAAUACUGGAAGAAGAAGAUCGGUGAGUCGGAGAUUUGUGGAGAUCAUGGCAUGCUGGACUCAUGGGCCUUCCUUAACUUCAUCAUUUCUUACAACAUUGUAUCAGAGUUUGAUGUCGAUGAGAUCAUCCGUCUCUAUGGCACUGUCCCACGCAAAUAUCAGAAGAAGAACUGCGUCAAUCUCUGCAAGGGUCUUGGUCUUGUCAGUAGGAUCAGCGACUUAAUUGAUUAUUUGAUUGAAAAUGGACAACAGUUGAGCGUCAUACCAAUGACACAGGUUCUUCAAUUGGUGGACAAAUAUCCACCACUUGCUCUUCUGGAGGGAUAUGUUGAGAAGGCAAAAGGGACUGCUCUAGAGUUACUUAGCAAGAAUGGAUUAGACAAGUCCCUGAAUCUGACCAUAUCAAAGGAGAUUGAGAAUCUUCGGCUUGCGGAAUCUAUGGUUAAACAGCAACUCACUGAUUCAAGAAAAUCGGUUACUAUCUUGGAAGAGAUUAACAAAUUGUUAGUUGAGUAUGCAAAGAGCCGUAUUACAACAAAUGCCUCUACUACAUCGACAUUAAAUUCAAGGCAGCAGCAAAAGACCCAACAGCAGAAGCAAAAGCAGAAAUACAAGAAGCACAAGAAGGAGCAGCAGCAACACGAGGGACAAGUUGGCCAAGUGCAGGGGAAACAAAGAAAGCUGGAAGGGAAACAGCUGUACUUAAACCAGCCAAGGCCAUGUGUUACCAAGCUACCAACUCCAACUGGUCCUUCCGCAAGAUCUCUAUCACCUGUGAUUCCGAAUGUGACACAGAUUGGCCCCAUUGGGCAUCGGCCGUUUGAUUUAAUGCCUGCAAUUCCUCUACCAUUUUUACCGGGAAUUCAAGGUGGGCCAGUUGCAGCAAAUGUCGUACCUACUCGGCAUAAUCCUUUCCAGCAAAAUCCUUUAUACCGCCAUCCGUCAUUCCACCCCUAG